AUGGCAAUUUACCCAGUGGACUAUGCAAAGAUAGUAACACCAUCUUGGGACUCCACAGAAGGUAUGGAGGUACGGCGCAUCAUGAGUAAGUGGGCUCAUUCCUUAGAAGAGCCAGCUGUAAAAAGUAAAAAUUGGAGGAGGGGGUGGAGAAACGGUCUGAAAGAGAAAGUGUUAAGAACGAUGAAGCAAGAUAGUAAAAGUGAGAAGUCGGCUGAGAGGCAAACCAGUAAGGAAAGUAAAAGGGAGAAGUCUGCUGAGAAACAGCCUAUAAAGGAAAGUAAAAAGGAGGAGUCUGUAAAGAAAACAGUCAAAGAAGUAAUUAGUAAAGUAGAAAAGAAAAAAGUGCAAGAAAGCUAUGAAGGCGUACUAGAUUUGAGUGUUAAGAAAAGAAAAAGAAUACAAAGUCUAAGUGACAGUGAGGACAGUGAUAGUGAAACAGAAAGAAAUGAUGAUGAGGAAAAAUUGGGUAAGGGAAAGGAAAGUAGUAGAGAUAAUACUAGUAAUGAUGAAAGAAAGAAGUUGAAAAGUGGUGAUGAAAAUAAGCCAGAGGUCAAGAAUAACAAGGAUGAAAAGAUUGCAGAUAAGAAAACUAAGAAUAAGUCUAAGGAUAAAGAUAAAGAGAAAAGAAUAAAGGAACAUAAAGUGGAAAGUGAGCAUCAGAUUGAAGAGAAACAGCAGAAAAAUGAAGACGGUGACGAUAAAUGUAAGAAGGAGAUUUCAGGAAGUAUUAAUGUGGACAAUGAAUUUGGAGGAGAGAAGAAGACUUUACGUGAAGAAAAAGAGGAGGGCAAUAAGGCUGCUAAAAGAAAAGACUUGAAUUAA